UACCUUUUCCUUUUUCUAUCUUUGACAAUAUAUGCCAACAUGGGAAGGGUUAAAUAAAUUCUUGGCACCUUCUUUCCUUUACCCAUCAUAUAUUGUCAUUUCUUGUGUUAAAGUUUUGAUUCCUUGCAAAGAAGGGAAGUUUCAAGAGUAUAAUUUACUCUAAAAAAACUCAUCUUGUUGUGUGUUUCCUCCAUCGGUGCAAUAUAUAAAAUCUCCCCCUUCUGAUCACCAUCUUCUUCUUUGUCUUCUUCUUCUUCCACACAACCAAAGAAAAAGCUCAUUAAUUUGAAGGCCAACAACUGAAACUAGAUCAGUUCAGAAAGAGCUUCAGCUUUGGAGGUUUUGGUAAAUUAUUUCAAAUAAUCUUGAUUGGAUGACCCAAAAAAGCAAAAAUCUCUUUGGAGUUGUGAUUGUUUGAAGGAUUGGUUGAUAGAAUGGAGGGAAAAAUGAUGAACGUUUGGUGAUGAUAUAUGAAAAUUAUAAGGAUAUGUUGAGGAAUAGUAAUUCAAAAGAUCAAAAGGGGAGUGAAGCAAAAGAAGAAGGAAUAUCAAUUAGAAGUAGUAGUAGUAAUAACAAUGAUGGAAAAUAUAGUUUCCCAAAGGCUCCAACAAGUAGUUCAAGACAAUGGUCAGGAUUCAGAAAUCCAAGAAUUGUUAGAGUUUCUCGUUCAUUUGGAGGCAAAGAUAGGCAUAGCAAAGUUUGUACAAUUAGAGGUUUGAGAGAUAGAAGGAUUAGACUUUCAGUUCCAACAGCAAUUCAACUCUAUGAUCUUCAAGACAAGCUCAAACUUGGCCAACCUAGUAAAGUCAUCGAUUGGCUUCUCGACGUCACGAAACUCGACAUUGACAACCUCCCCCCGCUCCAAAUCCCCCCUGGUUUCUCUCCGUUCCACCAACAAAUGCUCUUCCCUCAGUACGUUGAUCCUCAUCAUCAUUAUUACACUUCUUCUUCCUCUUCUUCCUCUUCCCGGUUUUGUAAUUCCCAACCUCCUCCGUUUAUGCUCGAUGUGAAGAGUACCGAUGCGUAUCAAACGACAAUGACGGUAGAAAAAACGAAGCUUUGGGAUAUGGAUUUAGCAGUAUUACCAGAAAAAGCAGGAUCAGCGACGACUGCGGCAACGACGACAAAAGGGAAGUGGAUUGAUGGAAGUAAUAAUGAUAGUAAUAGUACUCAACAAGUAGAAGAUUACAAUGAGCAAAUUUCAUCUCAAAAGCUCUUAUCAAUGGCUAUUUGUUCUUCAAAUUUACCCAACAUGAUGAACAAUAAUAAUUCUACUCCUUACAAUAAUUACAACUCUUCUCAUGAUCAUCAUCAUCACCGACAGCAACCUUCUUGUUUAUCACUUUCACAAUUUGGGAACAAUAAUAAUAGUAAUGGAAUUUUUCCAUCACAAUUAGUUGAGGCUGCUCAAGCAAGUACUUCAUCAUCUUCAAGUAGUUCUUCACUAUUUUUCACUCCUUAUGCUUCAUAUAUUACCAAUCCAUUUGAAAGUCACAUCCAUUUCUUGAGCUCAAAUUCUCAUGCUUUGUCCAAUAAUCCCUUCAUGUCUUCAUCUCUCCAUCCUUUUGCCACCUCACAAAACUUGAAACCCUUUCCACCUCCAAGUUUCAAUCUCAAGCAGCUUUUUCAUGCAGCUGACACCAAUAAUAAUGCCGGUGGCAGCGCCGGUGCUGGCUCUUCUGCGAAAGACGGGGCGGCCGGGAACUCGUAGAGGAUCGAUCGAUGAAAGCCAAGAUAAGCUAAAGGAGGGGAUCACAAUUAUGUAUCCCUAAGUUCAUCCUUAGAUGAAGAUCAUCAGAUCUCAAAGUUGUUUAAUCUAUAAUAUUUUGAAGUUUUCUUCAAUUAAUUUUCUCCAAGUCCCUUUUGGAUUUGUUCAGAAUACAAAGUUGAUUAUUAGAUGUAAACUUUCUCUUUAAAUUAGAUAUCAUGAUAUUUUUGAAUACAUACAUCAGUUGUAAUAUAUGUAUACAUUAUUUUGCUUUUACUAUGAAUACUGAUCAAAGUUUUUGUUGA